CUCGAACGUUAUUCUUGCAGAAAUGUCUCAACGAAAGAAGAAAACGAGAACGCCAUCAAGGCAGUUUCAACAGACAAUGGCAGUUGACGAGGACGAUUCGGAGAAUAUCGAAUCCGAUAAAUUUACAUCAAAAUCAACGAAAAAGGCAAAAGUUUUGUCACGUACUAUUCUACCAACAUGGUUUCCAUGGUUGUGUGUUAUUGUUAAUAUAGUAAUUAGAAUCAAUUAUGUUGUAAGACGACGCAAUUGGUGGAUUUUACACCCUGAUGAGAUUUUCCAAGGCAUUGAAGUUUCGCAUUCUCUAGUAAACGGCUAUGGAUUCAGAAUGUAUGAGUAUCUACCACCUAUAGUGCUGAACAGAACAACCGCUGCCGAAGACCAAGAAAGUUCUUUGGGAAUUUAUAGUUUAAAGUCGUUCUUAUAUCCAUAUUUCUAUACACCGUUUUUAUAUGCAAUCCGGUAUUUUGGGUUAAACUACAAUAGCUUCAUAGUAUGUAAGAUCGUCCAUGCAGUCAUAGCAUCUCUACUUCCGGUUUCAGUUUAUAAAUUCGCCAAAGUCAUGUUCAGUAACACCGACAUUGCUGUGAUGUCAUCAGUAUUUGUAACCUUUUCACUCCACAUCAAUGUGUUUUCCAUGCAUCCAUUUGCGGACAGUUUGUUAUCUCCGCUAUUUUUUUUAGUUUUGGCCGAAAUCUUGUUUUUCGCAGAUAAAACCGUCCGUCCAGAGACUUCAACUGACCAACAAUCAGCCGAUGAGAGUACGAUUAAAUCCAAAGUCCUGAAGAUGGUUAAGCUAAUAACAUUAUUGAUGUGUAAUGCAUUAUUUGGAAUACUCAAACAGCCGUCCAAAGAGGAAUCACAAGGAGCUGGUCAUACUUUCAAUGCUUCACGCGUGGCUCUAGCAUCUUGUGUUCUUGGUCUAUUGCUGUAUAUGAACUUGGACCUCGUCUUAUUCUUUAUGAUGUACGCUUUGUUGGAAAUAGUUCGCUAUCCAGCCUAUUUAUCAGAGUAUAAAUACUACUGGAAACGAUAUAGAUGUGUUCAAGGGGGACUAACUCUAGCUUUCUGUAUGGGUGGCUAUCUAGACAAACUUACGUAUGGUGUAUGGUUUUUAUCGCCUGUGCAAUGGAUUAAACUUAGUUUUAUUCGGGAUAUGUCUCAUAGAAGCCUUGGUGUUUUGAGGCCUUGGUUUUAUUUGGACCAUUUAAAUGCAAAUAGAUCUUGUGCGUGCCUCAACUAUGCCACUUUCCUUGUUAUUUUUCUCACAUUGAAACGUAGCGAUUACAAAUGGCCGACCGUUUCGACUCUUGUGACUGCGACUACUAUGUUAGUUGUAUAUAGCAUGCGCUGGAAUAAAGAACCACGAUUUAUUUUCAAUAUUUAUGUGCUGGUAUGUAUUUUGUGGUCUGUAGCUUUAAAAACAACAUUGGACCUGUUGAAGCUAUGGAAAAAUAAGGUUCUGGCUGCCUUUCUAGUCUCUUUUGUCUGGGCAGCAUUUGUGUCUGAGAGCUAUCGUGAUUUUCCAGACUCAAGUAGCUCUAAAUGGAGUCAUAAUAAUCUCAUGGAAUCAGCUUCGAUAAAUGAUUGUUUGGAUAAGCUGGGAUAUGAGUCGGACGUUACAGGAUUAGUUGUUGACUAUUCACUGUAUGCUACGGGAGGGUUUGCGCUUAUUAACAAAGAUGUGCCCAUGCUGACUAAAAUACAGUAUGACUAUUACGAAUAUGAUUUAUCAGACCGUCCGUUAUAUAGAUCCAGGCUGGACCAAGGAAUUCGAGCCAUGAAUAGAAUGUCAGAUAUAAUUCAUACUUUAAGCUCAAAAUAUCUUUUUCAUCUUUUAUCCGUGAAAAACGUAUACAACUAUAUAGUCACUUUAACGCCAGAAAAAUUCGAGCCAUUGUCGUUUUCUGAAGAAUUUGCUUGUCAGCAAGUUACAGUCUUAAAACGAAUCGCUAAUAAUAAACAUAAGUCCAGAAAAAAUGUGAAUAAGGACAGAACAGUAUUUGCUGCCUUGCCGGAUGUUCUAGAAUACGAAGGGUCAUGGCUGAUGACAAUCGGCCAUUACCGGAAGUCCUUAGAACGUCUGCGAGCCUCUUUGUCGUUUGGUUCUAAACGAAUCCGUCCUUAUCAGUUGUUAAGUUUGUGUUAUUAUAAAUCUGGGAACUUCACAGCAAUGAAAGAAAUAGAAACCGAAUGCUAUAGUCGUCAUGGACAGAAAAAAUGUGACGAACCCCAACAUCGUCUUGUUUUAAAUCAAAAUUUUAAUAUGGUUGCAUAGAUAUUGAAUGUUGUGUUUAUCAUUAAAUAAAAUUAAAAGUG